CCUUGCGGCUACUGUGUGUACACAUCAACAUCUUAAUAUGAACGGAAGUGUCGCUGACUCAAGUCGCCAUUAUUGGCAGGUGUAAAACAAGCACACCUUUAUGAUAUCUUCGACUCACCUGUAAUUGUGUAAUACCGAUAUGUACCUGGGGACUUAUGGCAACAUAACUUAAAACGAGCUAAUUUGAUACAAUUCUACACUGUAUAUCACAGGGAUUGUGUCAACGCUGUAGGAUCAGCAGGUGGUUUUGUAAUUAUCUCACCUGUUUGGGUUUAAUAUCCGAGAUUCUUAGAGACAGCGAUGGCGACUGGAGAAGUGACGGCUAAUCCAGGAGAUGUAUUCCCGGUGUUGGCAUAUGAGGAGUCGGAGGAUGAUCAACAGAUUAAGGUGGAACGUCUGCGGAAGGAGUUGAGCCUGGAGCCGCUGAGAUGUGGCAAGUGCCCGCAAUGCAGUCGUGCAGUGAUAGCAUUUACCGUGGCUGCCGUUGUGGCAUUGUUACUGGCACUUGUACUGGGCAUAGUGCUCAGUUUAAAAGGGAUGAUGCACUUAAAAAACUACAAUUUGAAGAUGGAGGACUAUGGUGUUCUGCAUUUAGAGAAUGUCCAGAUAAGAGGGAAUAUAGUGGAAUUCCAUACCCCUGCUCAUAGUGGACUGGACACCACCGACACAUGGCAUGAUUUUGAAACUCACUGGACAGGAAUAAUGGAUCAGACGAAUUCCAUUUGUUUUAUAAAGGCAUUAAAUAGAACAGCUUUCCUUCAUCUGGACCUGCUUGAGGAAGUACUGGAAAAAACUAAAGAUACAGAAGUAAUUUUGUCUUCCCCUGUUGAAAAUGAUAACUGGAUAGCUAGACCCUUGACAAUGUUAGAGAGACGAGGAUUGAGCCUAGACAUUCUUCAUGAAUGUGUAGCACGUGGCAUGCCUCUUCUUCAUUUAGUGCAGAACGAAACUGCAUCAGGUUGCCAGCAUGCCUGUGUUCCACGCUUUGCUUUGGAGAGAAACACCACCAGUCCUUCUGGUUUCACUCUCAAAAUGGUAUCCAAAGACUGUAUAAGCUAUAGCUCCAACUGCCAAACAUGAGUUUUAGUUCUAUAAAACACAUUUUUAUAUAUUUCUAAUGUUUUUACAAGAAAUCCUAAGAUGCAUUGUCCUGAAAGUGAAGUCUCUGAACACUGUAUCAGCCCAGGGAAUUAUAUCCGAUAUAAUUCCCUGAUCAACCUUGGCAGCAUUAUUUAACAUAAAGUCUCAGUCCCAUAAAGGUAUAUAAACAAAUAACUUGAAGGUAAUUUUAAUAUGUCUUUCUAUGGUCAUGAUGCUGUACUUUAGUCUUUGGUAGGGGUACAUUUGAGCUUUUCUGCCAUUUUUAUAAGCUUUUUAUAAUGAAGCAGGCAAUCGAGGAAUUGUUUUGUCAUGGAUCCUUAACACACGAUGCCUAAUGCAUAAUGCCUGAGACAUUACACUUACGUUUGUCAGGAUGAAUAAGGGUUGACUUGAAACAGCUGAUAUUAAACAUGAAACAGCUAGUCUCUCAAAUAAAAAUCUCUCUGAAAUGUGCAUCUCCUCUUCAACUACAAAUUUCAUAUCACAAUAUACUGAAAAUUGCUCUGAAUGUAGCAUGUUUAUCACUUAAACUUACUUUUUCUUCCUUUGAGCUCUUUAAUCUCAUUUUUUUUAUGCAGCAACAAAAGAGAAUUAUUUUUCUAAUAUGAAUAGCCAUUUUUCAUUUGUUGAGACUGUGCAGUUUACAUGAUUGCAUUUUACUUGUUUAUUACUUUAGACAACUUACAAAUGACUUUUUAAGUUCUUAAAUUAAUUGUCUAAUAUAUGUUUAAAAUAGUUACAAAAAGUUUUUGUGAAUGCACUUUUAUACAAGUGUGUAUUGAAUGUAAAAAGGUGCUUUGGUUUUGCCAAGAUACUAUAUAGGCUAGAAAAAUAUGCAGAUAUGUAUAUAUUUUAUAUUCUGUAAUCUAUUAUAAAGAAGUCAAUAAUAAAGCAUGAUAACCCAUA